CCCGAGUUCAUCUGUUUCCUCCGCUCGAGUGCCAUGCACGGCCUCAUUCACGUGAUUUUCCGCGGCUUCGUGGUGGACAAGUUCGGCGAGAGUGCUUGGAAGGAAAUCCUGAAGAUAGCUGGCAUUGAAGAUGAAUCAACGCUUUUUGAGAUGAAACAUUAUGACGAUAGCCUCACUAUGGCUGCGGUCAAAAUUGGUGCAGACGUGGCAGGAGCACCUUUGGACGCUGCUUUGGAACUUUUUGGUAGUUAUUUCGUGGACUAUGCUGCCGGGGCCGGAUUCAUCCGAUUGCUUCGUUCUUUGGGUCCUGAUUUGCAUCAGUUGUUGAGCAACCUGAACAUCUUGCAUCACAAUGUCGAGAGGGAUCUGCCAGCUGCGGUGUUUCCCAUCUUUGAGGUAAGCCAAGUGGAGUGGAUCAAUGACUACAAAUACAGAUUCAGGAUGGACUAUGCCAGCAGCCGAGCAGGUCUUGGUCCUUUGCUGAAAGGUGCACUUCAUCAGGCCACAAACAAGCUCUUCAAUUCAACGCUGGAAAUAUCUGAGCUGAGUGCAGAGGCGUUGAGGAAGAUGAGUUUUUUACCAUCUGCUGAAGCCUCUCAUGAGCUCCACUGGAACCUGACAGUGACGAUCAACCAGGAGAAACCUGACUUCGACGCCACGCCAUCAACAACAGCAACAUCAGCACCAAGCGCUGCAGAAGCGUCCUUCAGCUUCUUUGAUUUUCAUUCAGCAUUGGCAUCAGCGUGGUGUUGCUGCGCACAGAGUCAGAAUGAUGAGAUCAUGGUGACUGUUCCAACUCAGCCAGUUGUCCAGGAGGAUUGGGUGAACGAUGUCAAGAUGGUUUUGGCGGAGAAGCGGAGCAGAAUUGAAGGUGUUACGGCAACGUAUCCCAGCUCUUCAGAUGGCAAACAUCAGUAUUUCUCAAUGAACGCGAUGGACCGCAUCCGGGUGGGCGCUACACUCUUCAGGGCCUGCUCAGCUGAUUUGGUGUCGUCACCGUGGACGGAUCUGCCUGAGAUGGAGAAGACGGAAUUCUUCUGGGGAGCCUACACCAAACUCGACAACUUUUAUGCCAUUUCCAAGGAUUGGCUUGUGGAGUCCCAGACGAUGAAUGGACAGAUGAAAUUUCACAAGAAGGGCAAGAUCCGCUUCCUCUCGCAGUCCUGGGGCAUUCCAAAGGAAUGGGAUGACCUGAUGGGAGCAGGAUCCUAUGCAGAGGCCAAGGCCGCGGAAAUCUGCUGCGUGGCCAAAGACAUCGCGGCUCGAGAACUGGGUAGCACCAGCAGGUGGAAAGAGGUACACUUCUGGGUGGACAAAUGUUGCAUUCCGCAAGGUGAUCAGGAGCUCACUGGCUGGUGUGUGAAUCUGCUGGAAGAAUACAUCAUUUUCUGUGAUGGUUUGGUGGUACUGGUGCCCUGGACCUACUUCACCAGGCUUUGGUGUGUGUACGAAUGGGUUUGCUUCUUGCUGUGCCAUGACCCGAUGGACAUCGAAAUUUGCGCCGAUCCCUUCGUGCGUGAGAGCACGUUGCCACUCUUCAUCGAUGCCAUCGGCAACUUCAAGCUGUCCAGCUGCCAAUGUUUCCGCGAGGCAGACAGGCCAAUUCUCUACAACAAGGUGGAGAAAUAUUACAAGUCCAUUGAUUCCUUUGAGAAGUUCCUGAAGUUCACCGCCAUCGCUCUCUUCGUGCGUUGCACUGCGCAGCGGCGCUCCGCCAAGGCCGUCUCGGCGUUGGAGCCAUGGCGAUACCUGGCGGAGCGUCAAGGCUUUAGCGCCCUUGCCGACCGCAUUUCAGAGAUGAUGCAAAAGCUGCCGGAGUGGCGUGAGGGAGCUGUGAAGAGUGCCACUGGCGGCGGGACAAAUGAUGUGCAAACGGCAGUCUUGCAGCAAGUUGAAGAAUGGUUCAAGGCCAAGAUGGUUCCAAUGAUCGUGCAGAUGAGAAAGGAGUCCGCCACCGAGAGCGGUCUGAAGUUCAUUGAGGAGCUUCGAAAAGCUGCGAAAGAAGUAGUUUUCCAGGAGAAUGCCUGUGAGCCAAUCGAGGAAGCAGAUCUCUGAUGACUCAUCAAAAAGUGGUUGUUGUGUAUGCCUGCCAUUGAUGGAUUUCCCAUCUGAAUUUCAUUUGAAAUUCCAUAUUUUCGAUGUUCAGUUUCCAUGCACGGCAGAUUGGGACUUGCAGCAAAGCUGUGUUAAAGGUCCCGAAGGAUUUUCCUAUACCGACUGCGAGACUUUGCUCUCUGAAGCAAAGAUCUCGUUGCCUUUGGAGGAGUGUGCAAUUCGUAUUGUCCAAGACGAUUCGAUGUGCACUUCUUUUUUUUUGGCUCAGAGAUAAUUCUCUUUGCAUUUUUGCUGCUUAAUUUUCUGGGAUACCUCCCCCUGGAGUGACACAGAUGGCAAUAUUAGUUCUGGAACAAGUUCGGAGAUUGCCAAAAUCUUUGAAGGAUGGCAGCUGGCCUGCCUAUUUUUGCUGACGCCAAAUCCUUUGGAUUUAGAUCUUGUAUUGGUGUGUUUUGCAAGAUCUGAGUUGCUCAGAGAUGCCAAAGCAACUCUUUGAGCCGUCUAUGAUGUGUGUUCAGGACGCGUUCAAAA